AUGGGGAACACCGCAUCGACCGAAGAGAACCAGAGAUGGGUCCUGGAAAAGGUGCUUUUCUUCGAUCCCGAGACACGCCCCGAUCCCGAUGAAGCCUUUCAGGUGCGGGGGAGCGCGGGAUGUGUGAAGCGGUUCACGCCGAGCAACGCAAAGCUUUGCAACCGCAACUUCUUGAUUGGCCUGCAAAUCGAGGGCAAAAAACGCGAGUUCAUUCUGAAGCUACAGAACCAGCCCAGCUGUCGCAUGUUGCUUUGCGACAAGAGCGGAGAACCGCUGAAAGAAAUUCGCACCACGCGCAUCAAGUAUGUGCAGCGACAGAACAUGACCGUGGAAGUGUAUGUGAAGACGGAAAGAAAUGAGACAUCGUCGCUAUCGUUUGAGUUCGAGAACGCGAAGGAGUGCGACCUGUUCGCGGAGUUCCUCAAGAUGCUUUUUGGGAUCCAAGUUCACCACUUUGGGUUUCGCGACAUGAGCCAUGGCAACAAAAACAUGUUGGAAAACGCCGAUUUGGUGAGCUCGAGCGACUGGUCAGACAGCGACGAGGACGACUUUGACAAACGGCGACGAGCUCAGGAACGCGAACGCCGACAAAGACAACAGGCGCUGCAGAGAAGAACCGGCUGUCCACUGCAUGGAGACCAGCCGUGUCGUUGCACGAUUGAUCGUCCCUCAAUCGCGCAAUACGAUGACGCAUCGGCAUCUUCAGAAGACGAGAUUGCCGCCCGCCAGUCAAACAAAUUCCCCGUCGCCAUUGACGGGCUGUGCGAAUCAGGAGGCGUUCUGAAGAUGAAGGAUCUCGCCGCUCGCGUCUUGAACAAGGCGCCGCCGCGAGUUGUCGAGUGGUUUUUCUCCCACGAGCCUGGGAAGGACGUCUCGUUCUCGACAGUGCCUGAGAAGACGGGUCUCUCUACUCGAGUCGAGGAAAAAUACGUAGGGUAUUCGGUGCAGAUUCGCGUGGCGCGUCGCAUCGAAGGGACGACAGCCGCGAACCCCUUUGUCUACUCGGUCGCGUUCAAGGGCCCCAUCACAGUCAACUCUGAGACUGCCCGACGGAUGCUCGAAAUCUUAUCGGAGGUGGAGACGCCCCUCGACGUGACCAUGGCGAACGCGGACCUCCACACGCUGUUUGAGCUGCCGCCGAAAUCUGUUGAAGACACCAAGCCGUUCUUCGACUGCACUCUCACUCUUACGCGCAGUGGUGUCUCCUUCUCUGCCAGGGUUCGCGAGUAUUCAACGGCCUUGGAGCGCACCAUGCGGUGGGAGAACUUCUGUGUGACACGGCCAGAGGCGGACGAACUGGACUAUCGAGAAGACGACAUAACCAUGAUCUUCCAUGUCCUGAAUUUCAGUGCUCAGGCGGGGGCGUACGAGGUGCAGUCUGUGACGAUGCGGCUGCCCUCUGAGAGCAUCCGCAAUGCGGUCUUCCACACGAUUAUCUUCUUCAGGCUGCAGAAGCGCGUCAUGCCAUUUGAGCGCUUCAGUCGCGACCUCGAGAUGGGCAACUUCACGCUGAUCAAGCAGCUUUAUGCGCGCCUCUGGGCGGACAACUCGUGGACCGACUACGUAACGCUAACGCCUCCGUCGGCUCGGUCGCCGCGCCCGCCUCCUGUGACGCGGCCGCUGUCCUCCUCGCCCGCGCGUCAUGCGGCGUCUCCGGCGCAGGCCCGGCCGCCGCGCCAGCAGACGUGGAGGGCGCCGCCGCCCCAGGCGAUUGCGUUGGAGGCGCAUGCGCCGGAGACCAUUCCGGCCCCUGCAGCCGCGGGCGACGACGAGGUCCAGUCGCAAGAGCUAGAAGCCCUCGCGGCGGACCCAGACGCGGGCGCCGCCGCAGCCGACACGCCGUCGCUAGCGCCGCCUCCCCCGGCCGGGGCGGCAGGCCGCCGAGCGGGGAAGCCGCCGCCCCCGAAGCGCGACUACAAUUACUUUGCGCAAGUAUACGCGCAGGGAAGCAGCAUUCAAAACAGCGGGAUCUUUGAUGUGAAUCCGAAUCCUAAGAAGCCGUAG